AUGGAACCACGUGCCCGCGCCGGCAGGCACAAGAACAACCUGAACUUUGGGCCCGAGCUGUCUUCCCUCCUUUACGCCUACGGUGCACCUACCCAUCCGGAUAUCGUACACCCGCUGGGUUCCUCCUCGCGCCAAUACCUCUCCGGCCCGCCCACACCCAACACAACACACCCGCCCACACCGUUUACACAGCCCUUCCCGGAGACCUUGCGCGUGCUGGAUGAAAUGCUCACGGACUUCAUCAUCGAAACGUGCCACGAUGCCGUCUCCGUCGCUACGUACUCCGGCCGGGCGAAACUCAAGCUCUCGGACUUCGAAUUCGUGCUGCGGCGCGAUUCUAUCAAGUUGGGGAGAGUGCAGGAGAUGUUCAAGAAGAAGCGGGACAUCGACAACAAGAAGAAGCUCUUCGAUACCAAUGAGGGGCGGGAGGGCACGAAGUUGGCGGUCGGGGAUUUGGUCAAUCUCGGCGAGGUUGUGGGGGAGGAAGGCACAGGGAAGGGAAAGGGUAGGGGAAGAGGACGGAGGAGGAAGAGGGACCGAGAGGAGGCGGAGGGGGGAAGUACGCUCAAUGAAGCUGGGAAGGAGACGACGCCGGGUGCCCGCAGCGAGGAAGAUGGUGAAGAGAGGGCAACUAAAAGGGCGAGGAGCGACGUGGGUUGA